AUGGAUUCACCUUGGGGCGAUGUCCCGUCCAAGUCGCAGUCGGACGAGCUGCAAGACUCGACCACAAGUUCCUCCAAGGAAAACGAUGCUACGAGUAUGCUGCCCGAGCGGACACGGUUUGGGGAUGCUGACUUCGGAACAGACUCCGCGACGUCCACGAGAACGAGUACCGGCGGUCCACGUCCCUCUUCGUCGCGAAAGAUACCGGCUCGCAAGAUUGAAGUACAACCCACCAAGCUUGAGGCCGUGGACGACUCCUUAGAUCCCCUGGGACCGUUAGGCGGUGAUACUGCGGCGGACACGCCUCCAUUAUCGGCAGACCAGGCUCCAACCCCCCCGAAGAAAGAGGCCAAUGCAAGAGUCACACGGCAGCCCUCCGCUACGUCCUCGGGGUUCCCGGCUUCUGAGUAUGAAGACACCACCAUGCCCAUCGGCAGGGCCAAACCUCCGCCUCCUGUCCAGCCACAGAGUGGUGCCGGACCAGCUCGACAGACACAGCCAAGUAUCAGCAUUGAACAGGCGGCAAAGCCGACCUUCCAGAUAUCCGUGGGCGAUCCUCACAAGGUCGGCGAUUUGGCUACCAGUCACAUUGUCUAUCAAGUCCGCACCAAAACCACCUCAAAAGCAUAUAAACAACCCGAAUUCGCCGUGACACGGCGUUACCGAGAUUUCUUAUGGCUCUACAAUUCUCUGCACAAUAACAAUCCGGGAGUUGUGGUCCCUCCGCCUCCAGAAAAACAAGCCGUGGGUCGCUUUGAUAGUGAAUUUGUCGAGUCUCGACGGCAAGCUUUGGAGAGAAUGCUAAACAAGAUCGCUGCGCAUCCAAUAUUGCACCAUGAUCCUGACCUGAAGAUCUUCUUGGAGAGCGAGUCCUUCAACCUUGACGUCAAAAACAAAGAAAACCGGGAACCAGAUCUCGGCCAGAACAAGGGCAUGCUAAGUUCCCUGGGAAUCAACGUUGGUGGUUCCAGUGGGAAGUUUGUCGAACAUGAUGAUUGGUUCCAUGACCGCAAGAUCUACCUGGAUGCUUUGGAAAGUCAGCUCAAGUCACUGAUGAAGGCCCUUGAUGCUGUUGUGGUGCAGCGGAAAGGACUGGCGGAGGCUGCUGGCGAAUAUGCCUCUUCGUUGAGCAAUCUUGCCCAGGUGGAAUUGUCACCUGUGUUUUCCGGGCCUCUGCAUGGCCUGUCGGCGGUCCAACUACGAAUUCAGGAGUUGUACGAACGACAGGCCCAACAGGAUGUUCUGACGCUGGGAAUUACGAUUGAUGAAUAUAUCCGACUGAUUGGCAGUGUCAAGCAAGCCUUUUCGCAACGACAGAAAGCUUUUCAUUCCUGGCAUGCCGCCGAGAGCGAAUUGGCCAAACGACGAACCGCUCACGAGAAGCUUUUGCGGCAGGGCAAGAGUCAACAGGACAAGUUAAACGAAGUCAGUGCUAGCGUAAGUGACGCGGAAAAGCGGGCACACCAAGCGAGGUUACUCUUUGAAGACAUGGGCCGAUUAAUGAGAGGAGAACUGGAACGAUUUGAACGGGAGAAAGUGGAGGAUUUCAAGAGCGGCGUCGAGACGUUCCUCGAGGGCGCCGUCGAGGCACAAAAAGAGUUGAUCGAACUGUGGGAGACGUUUUUGCUCCAGAUGGACGCGGAGGACGAGGCGCCGAUCAACGAGCAACCAGCUCCCCAGGAGCCUGCCACAGAAGGUACUCAAGCUGGCAGUCAAGCCGGUGGCAGCACUGAGGAAACUGGUGCCCCAGCGACAGCUACCGAUGUGGCUCUAGAACAGGAACAGGAGGCUUGA